AUGACUUCCAUCGACGAGGCGGCGAAGAAAGGCCCGAACGGAGUGCACGCCUUGUUCCUCAAGGGCAGCAACUUCGGCAGCCUGCUUCCGAACAAGUUCGCCGGGGGAAACCCGCAGGCGUGGCUCGACGACGAAAUUGUCAACACUUACCUGAAGUUACUGGCUGAGCGUGAGCAAAAGCUAGCAGGUUGGACCAAAGCGUCGGGACGCGGACCGCCAGUCCAGGCCAUUGUCUCCCAGUGGUACCAGAACGUAAAGGGAAAGAACAAGGCCAAGAUCGACGAGGAUAAACCAGCAUUCAACCCGAAAGAGUUCGACGGCGUGAAGAAAUGGCACGCACGUGCAGGCCUUGGAGGCAAGCGAAUUCUGGACACAAAGGUCAUUCUUAUUCCCAUCUGCGAGGGAAACCACUGGCGCCUUUUGGCGAUCAAACCGGAAGUUCGCGAAAUUGAGCUCCUAGACAGCUUAAACCCCGCGAAGCGUGCGUACGAGCAGUACGUGCACCUAGCUCGCCGCUUCCUAGAGUUCGAACUAGGGGCCCUCUAUGUGGCGGAAGAGUGGAAAGUUGUGCCGAAUAGGUCCGGCCACCAGGCCAACGCGCGGGAUUGUGGUGUUUUUACGGUCUUCAACGCCUUGGCGUUGGUGAAGGGAGUGGUGCCGGCCAACAAGGUCACGCCGGCACUGAUGCUGCCGGCGCGCCUACAGUUGGCCGGCACCCUCCUUUCGGGGGGGUUCAAGGGGGAGUUCGAGUACUAG